AUGAUUAUCGGCAAACACAACAAAAUGGCUGCUGAUCAGAAAAUGGAAGUGGAUGACAAGUCUGUCAACCAUGAAGGAAUAAAGCAGUAUUACGUCAGCAAAAACGAGGAGCUAGAGCUUGUGGUGACAGAAAAAACACAAAAUUUAAGACGUCUAGCAGCACAAAGAAAUGAACUCAAUGCAAAAGUGCGGAUGUUACGAGAAGAGCUACAGCUGUUACAGGAGCAAGGUUCAUAUGUAGGGGAAGUUGUCAAGGCUAUGGACAAGAAAAAGGUCCUUGUCAAGGUACAUCCAGAAGGCAAAUUUGUUGUGGAUCUGGACAAAAACAUUGAUAUUAACGACAUCACACCCAACUGCAGAGUGGCUCUUAGAAAUGACAGCUAUACACUCCACAAAAUUCUCCCUAACAAGGUUGAUCCUCUGGUAAGUCUGAUGAUGGUUGAGAAAGUACCAGACUCCACAUAUGAAAUGGUUGGAGGUCUGGACAAGCAGAUCAAGGAAAUCAAGGAGGUCAUUGAGCUACCAGUAAAACAUCCAGAGUUGUUUGAGGCUCUAGGCAUUGCUCAGCCUAAGGGGGUGCUUCUAUAUGGUCCUCCAGGGACUGGGAAGACAUUACUGGCUCGAGCAGUCGCCCACCACACUGAGUGUACAUUUAUCCGUGUGUCCGGUUCUGAACUUGUACAGAAGUUUAUUGGCGAGGGAUCCAGAAUGGUCAGAGAAUUAUUUGUGAUGGCAAGAGAACAUGCACCAUCAAUUAUUUUCAUGGAUGAAAUUGAUUCAAUUGGUUCAUCACGGCUAGAGGGAGGAUCUGGAGGUGACAGUGAGGUACAGAGAACUAUGUUGGAGUUGCUGAACCAACUGGAUGGAUUUGAGCCUAAACAGAACAUUAAGGUUAUAAUGGCUACUAACAGAAUAGAUAUUUUAGAUUCAGCUUUGUUGCGACCAGGAAGAAUAGACAGAAAGAUUGAAUUCCCUCCACCAAAUGAGGAAGCAAGACUUGACAUUCUCAAAAUCCACUCUAGAAAGAUGAAUUUAACUCGAGGGAUCAACUUAAGGAAAAUAGCUGAGAUGAUGCCUGGUGCUUCGGGAGCAGAAGUAAAGGGUGUUUGUACAGAGGCAGGAAUGUACGCUCUAAGAGAGAGAAGGGUCCAUGUCACACAGGAAGACUUUGAACUGGCUGUUGCAAAGGUAAUGCAGAAGGACUCGGAGAAGAAUAUGUCUAUCAAGAAACAAUGGAAGUGAGGUACUAGAGAGACCAGAUUAAUGAGAGAAGUGAUGGUACAGUGGUUGCAGAAAUGAUGUACCUGAAUAUGAACUUUGUGAAAGGGUACACUAAUAUUCUUAAUCUUAUUCUCAGGAUCAGAAAAGAGGUCACUUCCUCCAAGGGUAGACAACUGGGUUUGUAAGAUACUUAGUGUCAACACAUGGUAAUAAAUAUAGGCAGAUCUGAAGCCUUAUUUACACAUCAGAAAGCAGCUGAUUGUGAUACAACUUGGUUAUCACAUUUUAAGUUGAGGUUUUGAUGCAUAAGAAUUUUUGAUUAACCAUUUCCCAUUUCACAAUAUGCAGUAUACAUUUGCAGUUUGGUCUAGAGAAUUUCAGCAGGAUGUUAGUUAUUGAUCCGGAAUACAGAAAAAAAAGAACACAGUGUGAAACAUUCUUCUGAAUUGAUAGGUACAGUUUGAAAGGAAAUGAGUGAAAGAGACAGAGUAAAACAAGAUUUGUGGAAGUGUUUAGAGGGUGAAAGUUGUGUGAUGGAAGACUGAUGGAGAUCGAUUCAAAUCAAUUCAAGCAAAGAAAAAUUCAGAUUUAGUGCUGAACCACAAGACCAAUACAUCACUCUUCAAACUGAUAUUUCAUUUCAUUCUGUAGGCAAAUAAUGAGUGGCAUUGGUAUUUUAGUGCUAUAUGUUUGAAGAUAGUUAAUUAAAAUGUUACAUCAUGUGUCGUAUGAGUCAUAUUCUCUGGUCAUGUGUAAAUGCUGAUUGAAAGAGAAGUUAAUAAAUUACACUGUUUUGUAAUUUACGAAA